GAGGCAUUCUUGAGUGGCGCUAUUAUCGGAGGUUUGACCGCAGCCGGGCGCGAGUGAGUGAGCUACCGUGUCGACCGAGCAGGUUUUUCGGCAUCCCAUUGGAAGUACUCCCGAUCGCGUCAUGGAUACGGUACGGUGCCAGGUGUCGGUCUUGCUCCUGUUCGUCAUUUGGUCUCAGACGGCGGACGUCAGCGUGGGUUCGCCCGGGUGGUGGUAUCUGGCGGUGGGACCACAGUUCAGUUCACUGGCUGCUAGCAAUGCCGGAGGACAGGGGAGAAGAUGGCCGCUGGUCUGCAGUAGUAUACCAGGUCUGGUGCCGAGACAGAUCCGGUACUGCCGGAAGUUUCACGAGAUCAUGCCGUUCGUGGCGGACGGCACGAAGCUGGGGAUCCGGGAGUGUCAGCACCAGUUCCGCGGCCGCCGCUGGAACUGCACCACCGUCCAGGGACAGGUCUCCAUCUUCGGACCAGUCUUAGACAGAGGAAACACCAGUUCCACACCAAAAACACCUCCUCGUGCAGGGGACUCCAUACUCGGUCCGGCGGUCAACAGAGCUUCAAGAGAAGCUGCCUUUGUUCACGCCAUCACGUCGGCAGGGGUGGCUUACAGCGUCACUAAAGCAUGCGCAGAGGGGACCUCUCCGGACUGCGGCUGCGACAACAGACACAAGGGACCUCCCGGUGAGGGAUGGAAGUGGGGAGGAUGCAGUGAAGAUGUCCUCUUCGGCACCAAGUUCUCGCGAGAUUUCGUGGAUGCGAGAAUACGGGGAAGGCGAGACGGGCGAUCAGCCAUGGACAGACACAACAACGAGGCAGGCAGACAGUCUAUCAUGAAGAACCUGCAGCUGAAGUGUAAGUGCCACGGCCUGUCGGGCAGCUGUGAGAUCAAGACGUGCUGGUGGGCCCAGCCGGACUUCCGCACGGUGGGAAACGUGCUGAAGGACAAGUACGACUCCGCCUCGGAGAUGGCCGUGGAGCGCCACCGCGAGCCCUCGGGCAUGGUGGACUCCCUCUACCCGCGAUACAGCUUCUUCAAGGCGCCCGGGAAGGACGACCUCAUCUACUUCGAGAACUCGCCCAACUUCUGCGAGCCGAACAACUCCACGGGUUCGCUGGGGACCAAGGGGAGAGAGUGUAACAUCACCAGCCACGGCAUCGACGGCUGCCAGCUGAUGUGCUGCGGCAGAGGCUGGAACACGCGAACCGAGCUGAGAACUGAGAAGUGCCACUGCCAGUUCCACUGGUGCUGCUACGUCACGUGUCAGGAGUGCCAGAAGAAGCACCAGGUGCACACGUGCAAAUGACGCGACAAAAGGUGUGGUGAGGUAGUCGGCAUAUCUUGAUGACAUCAUCGUUAGGAACAUCACCGUUGCGACUGACAUCACACAAAAAGGACAUAAGACGUUGGAUGUGUUUAAGAUGCGUCUUUUACAGCCUCACCAUCAAGGUAUAUCGAACAUAACAUAAGUCAUGUCCAAUGGCAAAGAAAAAACACAAAGCUGGUAUCUAAAUGUGGAACUCCUACACUGUAUAAUAUGGAUUUGACAACCUACACAAAAUUCACUAAUCUUAUCUUAGGAGGGAGUCUCAGGCUCUACUAAAUGUAUUAAAGUCAACCCAAACAAGCUCGAAGAUCUGACCGUAUCAAAACACUCCCCAAAGUUUCCGCCCCUGAGGCGUCACCAAAAACGCUCGGACAACUGUCCCCAUCAGCUAACAUGUAAUUUCUCUACACCAUCUGAUGAAUUUAUUCAAAUCUAAAUCUACUAUUAAAACCAGUGAUUUCCUAGUUUCGUGUGAUACGUCACACCUGUCUAAACUUCUGACUGUCAGCUCUGAUUUUGGGGCCAACACUGACCAAGGAAAUAGGUGUUUGGGUGAUUCACUUGCACUGGGUGUUAACAAGGUUGUGUCACAAAGACACUACGCACUUUCAGUAUCAACUCAAGACCACUGUGGUUUGUCAUCAUAUUAUGUCCUAGUGUAGCAACUUGACGAGUAUCUACGGUCCUCGUACAUUGUGAUAGGCACAUUUUAGUGGGGUUCACUCGAAUAGCAAUACAGUCUACCUUUAUGGCCAUGUUUUGUACAAUAUUUUUAUUGACGUGUAUCUUGAAGUCUUGAUGUUUGUGGCUUCACUCUUUCCUGUACAUUUGUAAAGAAUGAAAUGUUGUACUUACUUUAAAGGAGAAACGUGAGGGAAGACAGUCUAGUCUGCUCUUACGAUGGUGACUUUUUAAGAUGUUCAUUUAUUGGUUCCUUGUAAAUGUUAUAUUGCUCGUGUGUUAUGACUAUCAAGAUGUACUGAUGUAACGUUAAACCUUUCUUCCAAAGGUUGCAGGAUGGAUUUUAAGCAUUCCUUUAGGUCAACAGACCUAGCAGUUUGUCAUUUGAAGAUGCUUUAACCAAAAGCCACAAAAGCUUUAUAUCUAUACAUUUAUAGAUUUGUAUAUGUUUCAUGUUGAUGUUUAUAGAUAGAUAGACCUACACUAUCAGUGUGUAUGAUAUCUUUUUAUCAGCUAACAAAUAAUAGCAUAUCCCCUUUGACAUUAUUUGAUUCUUGCCAAACAAACUUGCCAUAACUGAAAGCAUAACCUUUGGUUAAGUUUUUUCCUCUGUCCAAGUAAAACAAAUCUGUGCUAUCGGUAAUAUAUUUGUUUAGAUGAGUAUUUGUAGAAAAGAACCUUAACACAGUAUUCACAGCGUUCUUCACUGUCAUAGAUUACUUGAUAGUAAUUAUCAAAUGAAGCACUGCAACUGACCCUGGAAAAAUAUAGUCCAGAAAAACGUAGCUGCAACACGUGAAUUAUGUUAUCUUUUUUUGCUGUUACUGUUCAAGUUUAAAUAAUAGAUCACCUAGUAUGUGCACCUUCCAGUUCCAACUGCCAUAGUAGUGAAGACUAGCUGCUAGCUGAAAAGCCGUUCACAGAUUGUGAAAGUAGUGUAUUCCAAUGUUUUGAACAGUUAUAUUUAAAAGAUCUGUGUAAAGUUGUGAAGUGUUGUUUCGCCGUACCUGGUAGUUGACAAAAAUUAACCUUCUCCCUGCUGCCUACCCCUGUAACCCAUGCGGAUAUGGUUCACAAAGUCUACCCUAAGAAGGGCGAAGGUUAAGCAACGGCGAGUACUUUUAACCUUUAGUCAUCUGGUGCUGGCUUCUGGUAUGAUAGUCUGUUUUUUUCUGGUAAGAUUAUCUAUUAGUAAAGAUAUUACUUCAGUCUACUUGUACAAAAAACAUGAAAACAAAAAGGGAAAAAAUGUGACAUGAGCCGACCAAAAUCACCAACAUACCAGAAGCCCGCAUCAGGCUGGAGGGAGCUGUAGUGAAACAGUCCAACACGUUGACAUCUGCCCAUUUUGUGUUCUAAUGGCUUCAUGUGACGAAUGCUGUAAAUAUGGAUACAUGCGCCAGGUUUCAAUAAAUCAUUCUAUUUUUAAUACGAAACUCUCUGGGAUGUUUACUGCCUUCUUGACUGUCAAUGAUAAUGUCUACUGUUAUGAGUAUAAUCCUAAUCACCAUAAGUAGAUAUAAUCUUAGACCUGGAACCAGUAGGGCCUUGCUGAUUUUUGAAGACAACCCAUAAACAAAAUAUCUUGAAGCUAUUGACUGCAAAGAUUAAGUCCUGUCAAGGCAGCUGUUCCCACCUCGAAUUUGCAUCCUUACAGAAAUUGACUGGAGAUUUCAUUUUUUUAUCUUGAUGUUUAAUAUAGUUUUCAUUCUCAUUCUGCAUCUUACAUUUAAUUAACAGCUUUCUUGAGCAUUUGCUAGACUCUUGGUCCCAUAUGAUACAUCUCCUGACCAGGAAAAUGACUAAAAUCAGUUAGGUAGUUUGCACAAACUCUACAAUACCCUUAGCUUACAACAUAUUGAGACAGUACAAAGAGGAGUAACAGGUACCAUCACUUAAGCUUUCAAUGAUCAAUUUCCUGAAGAACAUUAUGGGCCAGUGUAACCCACACUCCACCAAGAACAGGGGUUACCACACAGUGCAGGUCCAGUCCUAAAUUGUCAUAUCGGUUGGUUUGCCCAAAUGUCAAGAAACUGACUUGGGCUGGAAAUGCAACAAGACUGCUGCUAGCUCCCAUGAGCUAUCAUUAGAGCUUGUUGCCAAGAAUGCUGACCAUUUCUACAGCACUUCAAUGACUGUCC